GGCUGUUGAAAGGCUGUCAAAAGUUUACGUGAGAAGCCAAUCCGUCAAGUCCUCUCUUAAUUCCAACAAAUUACUGCUUGUGAUUGCGAUAUCUUGCUUUUAUAGAGGACGAAUACACAGAAGAGAUACUAAUGACUAUGUUGAGUUGAUGGUUGGAAAUCUAGGCAAAUGUAUUGGCAGCAAUAGGCAUGGAAGACUCACUGCUGGAGAUAGUAAAGGGGGAGGUGGAAUUAAUGCGGAGUGCUUACUGUGAAGAAUUCAGCGACUUAAGAGAGCAAGAUGUUUGGAAUGUAUACCGUGCACCUGACGUUCGUGUGCGAUUGGGACCACAUCACUCGCAAGGGGGAACGCUACACGACCAUGUUUGGGUUGUUCUCCGAAUAAAAACAAGUGACAGCUACCCCCACAAGGCAGCGGAGGUAGAGGUUGAAAAAUGCGAUGGUUUAGCGAUGGACAAAGUUCAAAAACUAUCUGUUCUUUUGAAAAAGAAGGCCUCCAGUUUAGCUAAGAAGGGGAUGGUUGUGAUGAUGGAACUGUGUCAAAUCACUGAGAGCUACCUGGGGAACAUGCUCGACCCUACAAGGAGAGCAUAUACGAAGAAAUGGUGGCUGGUCAGGAAGCGCGGAGACAGCACGCGCGGAGGUGAGAAGGAGAUUAUGAGGCAGAGGGAGAAGACGGAGGAACGAGCAGCGGUCUGGCAUGAGAGAGGAGGUGCCAGAAGAGGGGAAAUUCAUGUGAAGAUUGGUCAGGAGAACCCAAAGUGGAGAAUUAGUCAGCAAAUUUUCAGCCCAGGAGAAGAGAUGAGCCCCUGCUACGGCUGUCACAUGACAAUCUCGUCGGGAAUAGUCAGGGGAAUGUCUAUGAAAUACGACAUCCACCACCAGAGCCCCCUGAAUGAGGCUUCUCUGCGCCACGUCAACAGAAGAACCCUCAAAGCCCUCUUAAUACCUCCACCAGAACAUGUUGUGCACAGAGACCGGCGAGAUUCAGCAUAUACGUGGCAAUCGGUCCCACGUGGGCAGGUGCUGAUUAUGGUGACAUCAGGAAUCUACUUGGAAAGAGGAAUGGAAGAAGAAGAGGAGAACUCGCGAGAGGACCUGGAGCUGUCCUCAGAGCCCUCCCUCCUCCCGCAGCACCUCAAGACAGGGAGCCUCGGCUUGCGAAUUGAGAAAGAGUACAAGAUCCUUGAGUUUUUAGGGAAAGGAGGCUUUGGACAUGUGUUCAAGGUCCGGAAUACUGUUGACGACCGCGAGUAUGCAGUGAAAAGGAUUCCCCUCCAUGAACAGAGCGACUCGGUGCGCAAGAAGAUCAUCAGGGAAGUUAAGCUGCUCUCAUCUCUCAACCAUGAAAAUGUCGUAAGGUACUAUACUUCCUGGAUUGAGGACCUUGUGCAGGAGAGUGAAGAGGACCAGAAAGUGCUGGACGAAAGCAGCUCCUCCUCAGAGUCUGAGGAGAGUUCAGUCAACAUCACCAUCUCUCAGGUUACCUCUGCCUCUGACACUCAGGAGGACUCGAGCUCCUUUCCAAAAUGCCUCGAACAGAAAGCUCAAGUGGAGGACUCAGAGUGGAGCGUCAUAUUUUAUGAUGGCGUAGAUCAUGCCAGCUAUUCUCAAGCCAAUGACACAGAGGAAAGCUUGGGACCAAUGCUGCAAGAUUCUGAUGAUGACAUGUAUGGUGAUGACAAGAUGAAAGAUGACGACUUCUCGGACUCGCAAGAUUCUGUGAUAGAGACUGAUAAUGUUGACAAGACAGACAGUGCUCCAGCCUCCAAGCAAUUCAAGAAGCAGUACCUAUUUAUCCAGAUGCAGCUUUGUGAGAAGAACACCCUCAGGCAAGCCAUCAAUGAACACCUCUGUAUGGAUAACGACCGCAAAUGGAGGCUGUUUCGUGAGUUGGUCAAUGGACUUGACUACAUCCACUCCCAGGGUUUAAUCCACCGUGACUUAAAGCCUGGCAAUAUUUUCCUUGACAUGGAUGAUCAUGUCAAAAUUGGCGACUUUGGUCUGGCAACGGCAGCGAUCAAAGCUAAGACUACUGCUGGGGUUAUCACCAAGAUGGAUGCAGACGACACAAAGGACAGUGCCUUGACCAGCCAGAUAGGCACCACCUUUUACGUUGCUCCGGAAGUCACCAAGUCCAAAGGCAAAGUGAGCUACACAAACAAGGUUGAUAUCUACAGCUUGGGGGUCAUAUUCUUUGAGAUGGCACACCCCCCACUGACCACGGGUAUGGAGAGAGCCAAGGUCCUCUUCAACCUGAGAAAGCCAGAGAUUGACAUACCAGAAGAGUUCAGUGUGAAGAAUGCUAAUUCUGUUCAGUUGAUCAAGUGGCUUUUGCAGCAUGAUCCCCAGCAGAGGCCUAGUACAGGUGACAUCUUGAAGUCACACCUGCUACCCCCUCCUACAGCUGAAGAACAAAAGUUCAUCCAGACUUUAGAAGACAAACUGAAGAAUGUGAGGUCAUCAGACUAUCAGGAAAUCCUCAACCUAGUCUUCAAACCAUGUGCACGGCCUGAGUUAGAAGCAACCUUUGAAGUCAGGCACCCUGUCACCUCUGACUACUGGCAGUAUUGGAAACAAGAUUAUCUACAUUCGCUAGUUACAGCAGUAUUCAAAGCACAUGGGGGCAUAUGGGUACCAACAACAUUCUAUGUACCCAAGGGGUCCUUUUACAAUGACAAGGACAAUCUUGUGUCACUCAUGUCUGGGAGAGGGGAGCUUGUGUCUGCACAGUAUGAGCUCAGAUACCCGUUUGCUCGCUUUCUUGCACGAAAUGAGGUUAAGUACAUACGAAGAUAUUGUAUUGACAGAGUCCAGCGUGCUUUUAAAGUCUCAGGCAUCCACCCAAAGGAGUCUUAUGAAUGUGCAUUUGACAUAGCCUGCCCUAAGAAGGAUUCAGUUGAAUCGUCAGCAAGAGUCAUUCUUGUAGCUCAUGACAUCAUACAACAGAUAAUCCAGGCAAGAAGUGAGAAUGUCUUGGUGCGUGUGGGACAUCUGGAGCUAGUUCAUGCAAUCCUCUUUCACUGUAAUGUGGAGGAGAAGUUUCAUCCUGAAGUCCUCUGUCUCCUGAAGGAGUACAACUGUAAACGAAUAACCUUGGAAAACAUGUGGGAGAUCUUCCGAGAGAUGGGCAUGGCCAGAUCUUCCAUAGAGUCUCUCAGAGGAUUCCUCCUUCUGGAUGGACCCAUUGAAGAGGUGGUGGCAUCUCUCAUUGGGAAGGGUUUGACUUACAGGAGAAAAAAUAUGCUCAAUGUGAAGCAUGUGUUGGCAGAGCUGAAUGAGGUUGUGGUCACCUCCAAUGUGUUUGGUGUGAAGUUUGAGAUAAGUCUGUGUCCACUGAUGGUUGUGGAUGCAUCCCUCUACUGCAAAUUUAUGUGCCAAUUUCUGCUGAAUGUGCGGAAGAAACGCAUGCAAACACAGGAACUCUUAGCUCAGGGAGGAUCUUAUGAAAAGCUUAUACUAAAUCAUAGGAGCAAAUUAGUUGAAAAAACUAAUAAAGAUGUUCCAUAUGCAGUAGGCAUUAGCUUGUUCCUUGAAAAGUUUGCAAGCUGCAUCUGUGAUAUUACGCAACUAACUGCAGCAGGUCGGAGAGAUGUGCCACAACUAGUUGCAGAGCUUGGGAGUGGAACUGCAGCUGUGACUGUCAUGGUUUGUGCCAUUGGACAGAAAUUCCUGCAGGAGCGUGUCAAUAUUGUACAAGGGCUAAGGAAAAGGAAGAUAACAGCAGACCACUGCCACUGUCUAACACAAGAAGAAGCAGAUAAUGUGAUGGAGGAAUUCCGGAUGUCGAACUUUGUCCUGUUGACUGGCCAUGAGACACCCUCUGUGAAAGUCUUUCUGGAGUCAGCCUGGCGGAUGCAAGACCGUAAAGUUGACCUGGACAAAGUUGUGGAAUAUAUUUACAAGAAUCUUAGCUCAAGUGAACCUGUUUCCCUUUCCUCACGGACAGAUUCCAAGGCUGCAGGUUCGUCCAGUCUUCCAGGUGUCAGUAAUUAUGAUGAAGACCAGCUGAAGAUCACCUACUUUACCAGAAGACAUUCAAAGAACAAAGACGCUAGCAAAAAAGAUGAACAGAUCACAAGAGAAGUUCGUGCAGCUUCAUCCCGUUGGCCAGACAUUGCACCGAAAACCCAGAUUGAAGUUUGGGCCGUGGAGUUGGAGAGGAAGCCCUUGCAUGCCUUGGGCUCACUUGACAUCGAGUCGGUCAAGUACUUCAAUGAAGCCGUCAGUGAUAUUAAAAACAUGUUCCCAGAGCACAAAGACCACCUGGAAGAGAUCUGCAAACACCUGCAGCCGAGAAUAUUCCAGAAGAAGAAGGCGGACCGAUGCUGCCUUGUUCUGUACAGCUUAAGUAGUGCUGCUCUAAAAAGGAUAUUAUGAUGGCAGACAA